AUGUUGCGUCCUUUUAGGAAUAAAAACUUACAUUUCGGUUUUAUUUUGUUAUUCGCUUAUUUUGGGUAUGUUACAGCAAACCAUUGUAACUUUAACGUUAAAUUGAAGCAAGUUCUCAAAAAUCAAGGGUUCCACAGGAACAUAUCCUAUGGCAUUGUGUUCAACACUGAUGAUGACAACUGCUGGCUGUACAAGGACUGUGUGGUCGGACUGGACCAGACAUUGCCGCAUGGAGUCUAUGCCAACCCUGAUGAGCUCAGCACUCUAAGACGGCUAAAGAAGUUGAAUGCCGUCCCAAAGACCCGUAUAAACACUGAGAUGCCAGCAGAACACUCUUAUCCCACCACCACAUACAUUACGGAAAGGAUCAAGGACUGCAAGGUGCAUGUGUGGCUGCCGGUACAUGCUCGGUACCAUUUAGCCACGCCUGGUGGGGGUAUGGCCCGCAACACGAUAGGUCCGCCCAAACUGUACCUGCGCUGCCCCGACCAGCGCCUCGACAUGUGUAACAAGGCCGCCACUCCCGUCACCUUCCUCUGUAACGGCAGCUCCAAGGAGAAAUGCAGUUGGAAGGAACUGCCCUACACCUUGUUAACAGACACCCUAGUAUGGAAUAUACCAAUUGGCAACAUGGAGCACUACCACGCGAUCUCAGUGGGCACCGCGCUCGUCAUAGCCAUCGGCUCGCUCUACCUCAUCAAGGCGAUACACGAACACAAACUCGUCACCAUGCCCUUCAACCCAUACACUUCUUUACACAAUUAG